CCCGUUCCUGGACAAAAUCUAACGGUAAAGGUUGUUGGUCAGGUGGAUGAGGUUGUAGAAGAGGGCGCGUAUGCAGACGUGAUUGUGAAAGUUGGUUCCAUCAAGGUGAUCGAGAAGGAAUUCGACCUUUGUGAGGAGGCUCGCAAGGCUGAGGUCAACAUUUCAUGCCCUGCGGACAAAGGAGAGCACAACGUCGUCCACACUGUUACUCUUCCUAAGCCAAUUCCGAAAGUGAAAUUCUUCGUUAACAUCCACGGCUACACUGUAGAAGACGACCCCUUGAUGUGCCUCGAUCUCUGGAUUGAUUUCAGGACUCCCAAGGGCAAGCUGUGGUAA